AUGAAUUUAUCCAUAGCUUUUAUUGAAUACAUUUUGUUGGUAUUCUUUUAUUCUUCAACGAAAUCUUGCAAACCAAAUGCUGAUGGACAGUUUACUAGUCUGGAAUUGGGUAGUGCUUCUAAUGUUACCGCUGUGGUAGGCAGUGAUAUUUACUUUAUUUGUUGUGGUGGUUUACGGUGGACAUAUGAAGUAGAAGAUGAUUACACAAGUCGAGAGAUUGGACCACAUCCAUAUGCUUCUAUUGGUUCGAGCAAAUCACCACCCGAUUUGAAUUUUGAUGACAAUCUGUCUCCAAGUAUCAGCAGUAAUAUGAAAGAUUCUACAAACUUACAAAACACAGUGCCAACCACAGUAUACACGAUGCAUGAUGAUAAAGGUCGGUUAAUACUACGUAUAGAUAAUGUCGAUGUACAAGAUAUGGGACACUAUAAGUGUCAUGGCCACAGCACAAGUUUAGAUGCAUACCUAGUGGUGGUCGACAAAAACUAUCCCGAAGAACCGCAAAAUAAAACAUUGCCAAAUGUCGGGAGCAUGAUAACACACUAUAUGAUGUUCUCGUCGGACCAACUUAAUAACGUCAAACUAAUUUGUCCAUUGGUUGGAACACAAAAAGUUAAAUCAUGGCUAUGGCGUGAACCAGUAUUACCAAGUUCAACAGAAUAUGCUCAAUUACCACAAGGUCGACCACCAAGUCGUACUGUUACAGCUAUAAAACCAGGUUUACAUGAAGGUAAACAUGUAGAAAUUGGUUCAGAUUUGUCAUGGGCACGUAUUGUUGAUCCUUUAUCACCGGAAGCCCCGAUCAAAUUAUGGUGUCAAUUUACAAUGCCCGCUCCAUGGGAAAAUAAAGAUCCAAUUAUUGCAUACUAUGAAAUUGAUUGGGAAUUAUAUGAACCAAUCUCACCGCAAAUUUAUAUUCUACCAGGUGAUAAAGAAUUUAACUUUGAAGAGAUAAAUCAAAAUCUCUCAAAAUCUAUUCUAUCUAAUCAACAAUUAAUAAAUCAAGAUCAACAUGCAAUCAUUGCUCACAGUAUUAAUGCACAAAUUGAUGAAUCUAUUAAAUUAGCUAAUUUGAAAAGUCCAAAUAAAUCAAUAUUAUUAGAGAAUAAACCAGCUCGUAUCGCGUGUCGAUUUCGUUCAAUUCCAUUAACUGGUAUACCAAAUCCACAAUCAAAUUCAUUAAGAAUACAAAAUGUUUAUUGGUAUCGUAAUGGCCAUUCAGUUCAUGUUCCACCAUUCUAUGUUGAUAAUUCAUUAAUUACUCCAUAUGGUUUAUCAAUUUUAUCUGUUCGUGCCUAUCCAACUAUAUUUAAUUUUAGUCAAAUUGGUGAUGAGAAAUCAUCAACAGUAACGGUGGUUGGAAGUAGAGAUAAAUAUAAAUUACCUAUUGAACAUUUAACUUGUUCCGUAAUAAGUCGAGUGAAAGAAACACCAAUUUACAAGGUUACAACAAAUGCAAGUCUACAAACUGAAAUCAUUCUUGUUCCACGUAUAAUACAUACAGAGUUAUUAUCAGCUGAAAGAAGUUUAGAAGAUGCAAUUAAAUUGACCUGUACAACUAUAGCGAAUGGACCACCAAAUAUGCGUAUUGAUUUUGCUUCAACAGAUCAACCAUCUACAAAUAAUGGUCCGACUCAAUGGGAAUCAUUAAAAUCACGAUAUGGAUUAAAUAUAAGACCAAGACAAGUUGAUCCAACUAAUCCAUUAAUACAUCGUCUCGUAAUUGAUAUUUCUGAUCUUAAACGUAGUGAUCAUGGUGUUUAUCGAUGUACAGUUUGGAAUCAAGCUGGUGAAGCACAAGCAAUUGGACAUGUUUUAGUACAUUCUGAACCACAAUUAGAAUUAAUGUCAUUUGGGUAUAAUUAUUUUCUAGGCCAUAAACCAUGGAAAGCAUCAUGUGUUGUAAAAGGUUAUCCAUUGGCAGGACAGUAUACAAAUAACAGUCAGAUUAACCAACAUAAAAAUCGUGACCAAUCCAUUGAAACAAAUGAUUCAAUCAUCACUGGGAAACAAACUGUUGAUACAAAUAGUGGUAUUCUUGGAUUAGGACAAACAGAUCAUAAUCAACAAUCAAAUUCUAAUAGUGUAACACCAUCAAUAAGAAUGAAAAUUUUCAAUAUAGAAGGAGAACCAUUAGAUCGUGUAGAAAUUAAUCAAAUUGAUUAUAAAUCAGGAAAAUUCACCGGAAUUAAUGCCACUUAUGAGAUUCAUAUGAAUCAACGUUAUGGACGUGAAGCUAUUGUACGUUGUGAAUAUACACAUACAGAUAAUAGAACAAUUUAUCGUGAAACAUUUCUACGUGAAGCAACAAAACCAACUGCACCAAAUAUUACUGUUCUAUGUACUGGUCCACGUGCAAUUGUAUUUGGAAUAACAAAUCCCAAAUUAAAACCUGAUAAUAUGCCUACAGAACGUAUUGUUACACAAAAGGUUAUAUUUGCACCUGCAAAAACAUUUCAUUUAUCAUCUACAUUGGCAAGUUUAUCAGUUUAUUUAGAUUCAGAAGGACAACCAUCUGCAUCACCAGCUAAUGAUAAUGAUCCAUUAGAUAGAACUAUAUUAAAUUCAAUUAGUGCACAACCACAAACUGCUGUUAUACCAGUGAAAAAUUUAAUACCAGAUACAGAAUAUGUAUUUGAAUGGUCAUCUGGAAAUGAAUUUGGUUUAAGUGUAAUGAUACAAUUUACUUUAUGGACUAAAAAACUUGAAACUGCACCAACAAUUAAAAAUAUUGUAUUCUUGAGUCCUACAUCUCAAUAUCUUCGAUUUUCUACAUUUUUGGGUGAUCCAUGCCCAUAUGAAGGUGGUGCAAGACCAGAACUAUCAGAUUUAUUAGUUAGAUAUCGUUUAGCUAAAUCUAAUUCUACUUAUGAUCCAACACAAUUAAUUGGUUAUGGUGAUUGGUCUGAUUUGGAAGUUUGUAAAAAUUUAGCUUCAGCAUCAACACUUGAUAUAAAUUAUUCAAAUAAUAAUCAAAAUGAUAAUAUUGAAAAUUUUAAUGUUGUUGGUACAGAAGAAGAUGAAUAUACUGGCAUUAAAUGGGCUGGUGAUAAUCCAAUACCAUGUGAAAUACCAGUACCAGAUACCCAAGUAAUUUAUGAAAUUGAAGUUGCUACAAGAAAUCGAUUUGAAAAAUCUGAUUGGUUUCAAACAUUCUAUCGUCCAAAUGCUGUUGUAUCAGCUGCAUUAUUCUGUUAUCCAAAAUGUUCAGCUAUUAUAUGUAAUCUUUCUAGAAUAUUAAUAAUUCUAAUAUUUCUAUGCUCAUUUAUUCAUUAUUUAUAA